AUGCAGCUCUCGCUUUCGCUCUCGUUCUUGGCAGUCCUCGGCAUGGCCUCCGCAGCCGCCGAGUGCGAGCGCAACGGCUUCUACAACGGCCCUUUCGCGAACAACAAAAACCUCAACGCCCCCAACGAUGUCGGUGCCACCACCCCGUUCGUGUGGAACGGCAACACGAUCAUGGUCAAGAUGCAGGCCAAGAGAGACUCGUGCGAUCCCGAGGGUGACUGCGACGACGACAUCACGUACAACUUCAAGAACCAGGGCAAGGUCCGGAUUAGAGCCAGGAUAGAAGAGUCGAAGAACGAUCACUUGGAGAUCAUCCUGCCCCCUGGAGCUGAUUGUGACGUUGGCCGGUACUUCAAUCGUUAUGAUGCGCCGUAUCAGGUCUCUUUUGCUCAAUGA